AUGGUGGAUAAUGAAGUGACGAAACCAUUGUCGUCGGUCCGUAACCGCAUUAAACAAUUUGAAGCCCUUGGACGUCACACCAAACCAUGUUCUCAUGAUGCUUUGGCCGAGUCAAAAAGAAAUAAAUUUGGAGAAGGCGAUUGUUCGAGUUUUGGUGUUAAAUCUAAAGGAAUUAAGAAACAAAACGGAAGAGAAACUAAUGAUUUUCAUUGUACCAAUACUGGUAUGACGACGAAACCCGUAAUAGGAGAUACUGUUAUGAUUCCAGUUUAUGAGCGUGGUAACCGGUAUCCGUUAAAAUCCAUAGACGCUGUAAACAACGGUCCGAAAAACACGAUUCCUCCUAAUGCAUCAAGAAGCGCGGCUAACGAUGUUUCUUGCGAAACAAACAAAAACAGUUUAAUCUACUGCCGGCCAUCCGCAAACCGUCUGUCCACGGGAUGCGAAGAAAUGAAUUUUCAGAACGGUAAAGAAAUUACCAAACUUCGUCGUGUUCGUCUACCUACGACGGGAUUCGUGAUGAGGCGGUUGGUGAAAGAUUUAGAAUCUCUUCCCUAA